CGUCCUGCUGAAGCACGGGGAUGCUACCCACGGUAAAUUCCUCGGCAAACAGGCCGGCUGCGUGCGUAAAAUGAGCACGAUGCUCGAAGAAGAGGACGACGUGUCCGACGACGCGGAUCCAGACGUGAUCAGAAUCCGCCGUCAACAUCAAAAACGCCCUGAGAUCGAAGCUGAGUGGUCCUCAGAAGAGGAGAGAGGUCAUUUGCUGAACACCGCCAAACAUGAGAUCCUUGUUGUGCCGAGCACCAGUGGUAACAAUGUCAAAAGGGUGGUCAGCCGUGACGACAGUCCCGAAAGUAUUCCUCGAGAUAAAGGCCAUCGUCGGCGGCCGCAGCCACGGCUGGUGUUUGAUCAGGCUGACUCCGGAUCGAGUUCGGAUCGCGAUAACGGAUUACAUAGCCCUGGCAGAUCGAGCGUCAGAAGCAUUGAUCCACGGCACUAUCGUCAUUAUUGUGCCAACGUGCGUUCGCCGAGAACCUUCAGCAUGGAUGAGAACCAUCAGUACUGUCCCUGCUGCCAUCAAUUAUCACCUACCUGGGCCUCUCUGUACACGGAGAACAACGGAAGUCAGGCUCGCUCAUUCCCCGACACGAUCUCGAUCAGAUCUCUGGCGUCGAUCGGCUUGGGCUCUUCUGACGGCCGGAAGCUCACGAUACGUAGAGUUCCCACUUCGCCGUCGGAGCUGCUUAACGUGGUACAUCCGCCACCUUUCGAGGAUGACGUUUCUACGUGCACCAGCUAUGACGAUUUGGACGCGUACGAUUCCGGCGAUUAUCGGCAGCCUAGGAGGCUUCACUGGGCGAAUAAAAUGGAAUUUGUUCUCGCCUGUAUAGGCUACUCCGUCGGUCUCGGUAACGUCUGGAGAUUUCCUUACUUGUGCUACAAAAGUGGUGGCGGCGUGUUCCUCGUGCCUUACUUUUUAAUACUCGUGGUAUGUGGAGUACCAUUGCUGUACAUGGAGCUCAGCAUCGGACAAUUCACUCGUCGCGGCCCAAUCGGAGCCCUGGGUCAAGUAUGUCCAUUGUUGAAAGGAGCAGGUUUAUCGUCAGUUGUAAUAUCAUUUUUAAUGUGGAACUCGCCGCGCUGUUGGCUACCUAGUUAUGGGUCUAUCGAUAAUCGAACUCGGCCGAAUCUGACAAGAACACCAUCCGAAGACUUCUUCGACAACAAGGUUCUGCAAAUUAGUAGUGGCAUCGAAGAGCCGGGGAUUUUGAGAUGGGAGCUCGUGGCGUGCUUGAUAACUGCAUGGAUCAUGGUAUAUUUUUCCAUCUGGAAGUCCAUUAAGUCAUCAGCACAAGUGAGAUAUCUGACAGCAACGCUGCCUUUUCUUCUAAUCGUGGUCUUCCUCACGCGAUCCCUCACUCUAGAAGGAGCCGCGAAAGGUCUGCAAUUCUUUUUCCAUCCACGCUGGGAAUUGCUUGGCGAUGCAAAGGUCUGGAUUAACGCCGCGGCGCAAGUCUUCAAUUCUGUAGGAAUAGCUUUCGGCUCGAUGAUAUGUUUUGCGAGUUACAAUCGAUUCCACAACACAAUCCUCGUAGACACCGUCGCCGUUUCACUCAUAAACGCCUUCAGUAGUUUACUAGUUGGAAUAUUCUCGUUCGCCACAAUCGGCAAUAUAGCGCUGGAGCAAAACAUGUCUGUCGAUGCUGUCCUAACCGAUGGACCUGGUCUAGUCUUCGUCAUCUAUCCGCAAGCGCUAGCCAAGAUGCCAGCUUCUCAACUCUGGGCUGUGCUAUUUUUCUUUAUGCUGGUCUGCCUUUCGUUAAACAGUCAAUUUGCCGUUGUUGAAGUGGUUGUUACGUCAAUCCAAGACGGUUUCCCAAAUUGGGUGAAGCGUCAUCUUCUCUGCCACGAAGUGCUGGUCCUCCUUAUAUGCGUCAUUUCGUUCUUAUUUGGAUUGCCAAAUAUUACGCAGGGCGGUAUUUAUUUUUUCCAACUAAUAGAUCAUUAUGCCGCAUCGAUGUCUAUCAUGUUCUUGGCGUUCUUCGAAGUAAUUGCCAUCUCGUGGCUUUACGGCGUACGGCGACUGUGCAAUAACGUCAAGGAGAUGACUGGACGCUUACCUUCGAAAUACUUCCGGUUCUGUUGGUUCCUCGCUGCGCCUCUUCUUAUAAUGGCUGUAUGGGUGUUCAGUUUAAUUGAUUAUGAACCGCCGACCUACCACAACGGUGAUUACAUAUAUCCAUGGUGGGCAGAAGCAAUCGGAUGGGGCAUCGCGUCUCUCUCCUUAAUUUGCAUUCCCGCUUUUGCCGUUUGUGUGUUCAUCAGAGCGGAUGGUGCGACGUUUGCCGAAAGAUUCAAAAAUUCCAUCAAACCACACUUCGAGGCGUGCAAAGUUUGCGGACAGGAAUACUGCAUGGAGCCCAUGCACAAUCUGCCAGAGGACAUGCUCAAGGAGCCACAAACGGACAUGAAUACAUCCAUACAACUGAAUUCCUACAAUCAAAUGAAGCCUCAGACGUGAUAAUAUAAUAUAUCAACUCGCAGGAACACGAUUAGCUUUUCACGCAGCACUUAAUCCACACACAGGAUGCCAAAGCAUUUUGAGGAAUAAUUGCGGUUAAUAAGAAAUGUCAUUCGUUAAUAAGAAAUGUUUAUCGUCGGUCAUUACGAUAACUAUCGUGGCAGUCAACAUUCCAUAUUUAUAAUCUUGUUAUAAGGACGGUAAUCACUUGCGAAAGAGUCAUUAGGAUAAGAACAUAUUUGUUAUAUACUUCUUAUAAAGUGUUAUUUCUUGUAAACUGUUACUCUUUACGCCAUUGUCAUGUGAUAGAUUAUAUAGACAAGCACUGAUUUGACAUAAGAGUAUAUUUCUGUAUAUAUCGCAGUCAAUACGCAAUCUAAUGUGUACAACAUCGUUAAUCAUAAUAAUUUUAAUAAAUUAUUAUAUAUU